CGCUCCCUCCCGCUAUCUCUUCCCUCCGUCGCUGCAUCUCUCUCCCCACACCUCGAUAAAGAGUUGCGCUCCUGCCUGGCGCUCGGCAGCUGCGAGUGAACCGUUGGAGAGUCAGCAUCGAGAGAGCGCGUACUGAUUUUGCAGGGCUUUCCCCGUACUCUGGAAAACGCUAACCCCGAGGGGAGACAACAUAGGCGUCCCCAGUCAGCUGUGUUUCCAUAACAAGGCAAAGGACAACACGACGCGAUCGCUGAGAGGCGCAUUGCCUGACACAGCAGUGCACUGGAUACUAGUGAUCAGCAGCGUGCUACAGCAUCCUCGCGACGAGUCGCCAUGCCCCAGCAACAGCAGCACAGCCCAGACGUGGUGGUGCGGUACGGAUUGGGCUCCUUCGUGCCCGCUAGCGACCUGCGCCCCAAGCCGGGCGAUCUGAUCGAGAUCGACCGUACACUGUACGCUCACUGGGCGCUCUACGUCGGCAACGGUGAGGUCGUGCACGUGGUGGGCCGCAACGAAGAGGACAUCCCCACGGACUUUGCGUACGUGCACCUGAGCAAGCUGACCGACGUUGCCGGCUAUAGCGGGGUGCGCGUCAACAACAAGGAAGUGCGCGCCAAGGAGCGCUGCCUGGUGCCUUCGACGGCGGCCGAAACGCUGGAGCGGGCCUACGCCAUGCUCGACCGGGAAGUGGAGUUCAACUUCCUCACCCGGAACGGGGAGUACUACGCAACGCAGUGGAAGUUCGGCAUCGGAUGGAGCGACCAGGCCACCGUGACGCUGAGCGUGAUGAAGCCUUUGGCGAAGAACCUCCAAGUGGGGCACACGACCUUCCUGGCGGGACUGCAGGCCGUCUUCGGAACGCCCACCACGGCGGCCAUCGCCAGGAUAGCGCCAAGCUCGCCGAGGACGCCGCAGAAGAACGCCCCGACGAGCGUCGCCUAAAGCUGGCUGUGACAUCGAAGCAGCGUACGCGAGGACUUGGCUGCUUCGCUUCUUCAAACUGCGCGCCGCGUACGGACGGUUAUUACUCGCCUGCGCGGUGUGGACGACGCGUAGAGACUGUGUGUACAAAGUCAAGCCGGGUUGUUAGUAUACCUCGAAGAACCGUUGUUGGACGAAGGGUCUUCGCGUAGAGAGAGAGAGAUGCCGCGUCCCGGUACGAUCUCAGCGGGGUGUUUGUUUUCCGCCACCGAUGGUCUGUGGACGCGGAUGCCUUCCCACGAAGGCAUAAGCGAGGAGUAUGUAUGUAUUGUCGAGAACGGCAAACGACCACCUAUCUUGUAUGUGUCGCCCUGUUGGCGACGGUUGUUGGCAGUCAGAUUUGUGAUGCAGGGUACGCGAAGUUGAACGAACAAGUGUGACAUUUUUUUUUUUACAAUAUUUUUUCUACCGUUCCUUUUUGGAAAAGUAAACUUUGUACUUUUUUUUUUUUUUAGGUCACGUUUACUGCCCCGGCCAAAUUACGCUGGCGUUCUCGCUUGAAGUGUAGUCCGGACCUUCAGACUUUGCACAAAGUUUCAUAUACAUAGGCUUUAAGAAGUUUCGGCAGCUGUUUCAAUUCCGCUCGUAAGUUAUUCCGCUUGACACUGCCAGAGGCAGAAACUAGAUGUGCGAGGUUAGGACGAGACCAAGAAAGACUUGAAGAGAGUUGUUGUCUUCCUAGUCAUUACUUCCUUUGUGCAAAGCAUGAAGUUUCCACCAUUUUACGGUACCAAAAUACAUGGUCACCGUGCGUUGUUUUACAAGACUGUGACAAGUUUUUUUUUUUUUUUUGGUCUUACUUUUAAUACUAGGAAAACUUUUUUUUUCUUACACAAUUAUUAUAUAUGUAUGUCUCAAUAUGUGUUGAGCAUGGAUAGAAAACCCGGUGAAAAAAAAAAAAAUUCGACUCCGCGAGUGCUCUUGCUCAAGGAAGAAAGUGCAUUGUUGCCAACUGCCUCGAUUUAGUUUCUGCCAUAGGCAUUUCCAUUUCUCAUGUUCAUGCGCGUCAUUCGGUGGCAUUCGUGACGCCGUUCCAUCACUGUAAAUAUAUCAUGCUUGUUAGUGCUUGUACAUAGUGUCACAAUCAUGUACUGUUUCUCGCAGUGUUUGUAAGUAGUUCGUACAGGUGGCCUUGUCACAUUAGCCUCUUAACUCAAAGCUAACUUUAAAAAAAAGAUUUAAAUGAGCUCGCGGAGCUUGUAUCUUCUUGCUCGUUGCAUGUCUGUUUUGUUUCUUUAGGAGGAUCAGCUGCAAUCUUAGGCUUUACGAGUCGUGAAAGCAGAGAAGGCUUAUCCAGUAAACAAAUGUAAUGCGCACACUUAAUGAAUGAGCUGGCAUAUCAUAGCGGACGGCCACUGCCUACUGCGUCGCUUGCGUACGAAGGCGUCGCCAGAGAAACUUUUGGAGAGAGAAGAAAUCCCGUCGUUUUACUGUAGCUUCCACGGAAGAGCCGGCAUUUAAAGAAGAUCACGUGAUACCGCGCGAUGAUAUUUUGUGCUGCCAGAACACAACUUCGCUCCCAUAUUUUUGUGCCAAUGUGCCACGCGAUCUCCGAAAGCGAAGUAUAAGUGAAAGAGUUCAAAGUGAAAAGUGCGCUGAGGUUAGGAUAGCAAUAUUUUUCAAGACCUUCUGACAGUUGUGGUCCAGCCACCUGUGAUUGUUUUAUUUAUUUUCUCCUCCCCCCCCCCCCCUCCCUACCGGUUUUAUUAAUUUGCGCGCGCGCGCGCGCGCGCGGUCCUUUCUUGAGACGAGGCCCAAGAGGUUUAGGCAGCACGCGUUUGCUCGGCCAGCGUCGAGCAGAUUCAGCGCCCUAUGGAAUAUGUCGAAGUUUGCUACGAAGUGGGCUUUUGCAAAAAGCCUGUGGUGUCGAGUGAUAAAAAAAUAAAUGUAUGCACAUUUUGCGUGUACGAGGUGCGCGUGAUAAGUGCGACUGUUGUGAUUCCCGACUGAAGAGUCGAGUUCAAGGUUUGUGUAGCGCGGGGUAUGGUGUUGCAACUUCAGACCUUAACCAGGAUGUUUUUUUUUUCUUUUUUUUUUAAUGCCAUGUAUCGCUCAGCUGCUUGUUAUGAUAGAUGUGUUAUAGACAGGGGAAAGUCGAUAGGUAGGGCGCGAUGCUGUUUUCAAGCGCGUGUUCAACACGCGUGUCUUGUGAUGCUCUUUCUGAGCAGAGCUUGUUUUGAUGUUAUACCAGUUGCAAAACAGUUCCACAGGAUCCAACCUCCUAUUGUGACCGCUUCGAAGAAGCUAUAGCAGCCCUAUACUUAGCAGUCAAGAAACUAUGCCAGUAUUUGAUGUUAAUCAAACCUUGACGACUUGGCAUUCCAGCUAUCCGUUCUAUAAGUUAUGUUUUCCAAAUUUGGCAGACAAAUUGGUUGAUGGGAGUUUCAUUUUAUUUUUUAAUCACGGGAUCUGUGGCAGGUUUAGCAACUGGUAGAGCUAUAUAAAGAGCUUUGCUUUCUGAGGACCACGUUUUCUGCCCAAUAACAACUGCGCCGCAGCUCGCGUGACUGCUGUCGUGGCGAGAUGCAAAAACCAAAACUGUAGGAGACAAGGCUUCGGCAAUUUCGCUAUAACGAAUUCCGUUUUUUUUUUCUUCUGUUUUGUUCCUGUGCUCUCAUCCGUGACACCAGCACGGGCUGCGAGAACAACCUGUCCAUUCUUUUCACACACCCCUCUUCGGCAUGUACAUAUUCACUGCGCGCAAUGUGAUCAUUACCGUCAUCGUCAUAAUGUUCCACGCACCACCGCUUCAUCCCCCUGUGUUUUUGUACAUAGAACGCGAGCUUUGAGUUAUUACAUUGUUUCGGCGGGAAAAAGAAAAAUGCGAAUGAAAGAAACAAUAAAGGAGCGUUACCAGAAA